AUGAAUCCAGCAACACAACAGAAAGUGAAACCACAACAACAACUGCUGCUGUUUCUGAAGGUACUACUGAAGUCACUACAGAAUUAGUGCCUAGCACUUCAUCAGCAACAACAUCUGAAAAACCAGGAUCAGAUAAGCCUGACAUUCCUCUGAUAGUAUGCACUUCUAUAAUCAUCCCUAUUGUGGUUAUCGCCUUAAUUGUGGUUGCGGUGUACUGUUACAAGAAGAACAAAAAGAAAUCAAAAGCUGUUACUAAUGGUGGACCAAAUGAAAGUGGACGAAAUGAAAAUAACGAAAAACAAGAACUUCAUGAAACAGAUGAAAGUACACCAAAAGACCGUGAACGAAAACAUCAUGAAACAAAAGAAAGUACACCAAAAGACAAUGAACAAAAACAACAUAAAACAAAGAAAAGUGCACCAAAACCCCAGGAACGAGAACAUCAGGAGCAAGAUGGGGCCAGUACCAGUCUAUAG